UAUUCAGUGUUACGAAUUUCGAGUGAAAGAAACUCCAAUUACCGGUGCAGCUGAAAAGGCUGCAAAGACACAAGACACAAGAGGCGGCGGAGCAAGUGAACCAAGAAGUACUGCAGCACGGAUUGUGCAAGAUUUUACAUAGAAUUCUGUGGAGUAUAAAAGCAGUGCGCCCAGCAGCAACGGAAGUUAGUAAACGGAAGCAAUGGCCAAUUAUUCACAGCGCUUGAGGCUGCUGCCGCUGCUGUCGCUGCUGCUGUGCCCUUGGCUGGCACUUGGGCUGGUCCAAGAACAGCAGCAGGCGGCGCCACGCGAACAGCUGGAUGCGCUGCAUCGCAGCAAGCGUACGUUGACCACAAUUUGUGUAGAGAUCAAGCCGAGCGGACCACAGGAGGAGCCCUAUUUCAUGUGCAAGGGCACCGACUUCUCACGUGGCGGCGCCCAAGCUCAGCCAGCGGACGAGCAGCAACAGAAACAACAGCAGCAACAGCAACAGCAACAACAACAGCAGCCAAUUCAGACUUAUCAACAGACGGAGCAACAAGCGAGGCCCAUUAGUCCGCAGUAUAUUCAGACGCCGUUUCCGUCGUUUCCCAGCUUUGGAGCUGGGUUUUUUCCGAUCGCCCCCAACUAUGACGAGUCACCGGCCAAGGCAACGCCAGCGACGACAUAUUCGAACCAGACGCCAGCUACUGAAUCCCAUGUCGGCAACUUUGGAUCCGCUGCUGCUGCUGCCUAUCCACCUGCGUCUGCUCCGCAACCAUAUGGCAUGCCAGCAGUUCAUUACCCAGGUGCAGGCGGCGCACCAGCAGCUGCACGUGGAAAUGCAGCAGGCGCACGCCCAGCGCCCGCGGCCCCUGCAUAUGCUGAUGCAGCAGCUCCGAAAUCGCCGUCAGCUGCUCAAGGAGCGUCUUUACCAAAAUCACAGCCUGCGAGCGGCCAAGCGAGCCAUGGCAAUGGCAAUGCCUACGAUGCGCUAGUGGGCAGUCGCUAUCAUGUGGGCAUUGGUGAGGAUGUGCUGGCCGUGCCUGAUGUGGGCUUUCGCCAGGAGGAGCUCAAUAUGCCGUAUCGGCAGCCUGUUGCUGGCAGGGAUGCAAUGGUGGGCGUUGCACCGCCCAUGGUGUGGAUGCCACUGAUGCAGACGCAGCUGCAGCAGCCCACAGCUGCAGCGCAGCCGCCGCCUUAUUACGAUGAUCCCAUUAUGCGCACCUUCUAUGCCAGCUUGGAGCCCAAGGAGCCGCAGCUGGGACAGGCGGCGCCUCUGCAGCAGGCAGCGCCAGUGGAGUACCCCGGAUACAUGCCAACCUAUGCACAGCCUGCCGCGGCUCCAGCCGCACCAAUGCCCCCACAGAUGCCGCCUGCACCGGCUCAAAGCCAACCCACUUACAAUGCGAGCCCGAAGACUAGUUCCGCCCUGACUUACAGUCAAGUCCCGCCUGGCGACAGCAAUGUCUGCAAUUCGUGUCCCUGUCCGACGUCUGCGGACUCCACGGCUAGCUACAAUACGCCCGCUCAGUGUCCCAGCUUUCAGCCUGUGAUCAUAGCCAUGCCCUGUUAUGGACAGCAGCAGCCCACGCAUUAUCUGGCUGUGCCCGGCUCCGGAUCGGCAACGGCGGCACGUGACUCUAUGGUGGGCAGUCCCUUUGGCGCGCCAUUUGGACUGGGUUCGCCUUUUGGCCUUAAUCAACAGGUGGCGCCAUCUUUUGGCCUGGCAGCGCCUCAAGUGGGAUCUGGCUUUGGACUGGGUGCGCAUGCUGGCGCCACCUAUGGCAUCGGAGGCCCUCAGGUGGGCUCCUCUUUUGGCAUGGCUCCACAAGUGGGUGCACCAUUUGGCAUGGCGCCAGUGCUGAAUCCGUUUGGUCCGUUCGGCAGUCUGAAUCCGUUUAAUCCUUUCAAUCGACUUCUAGGCGCUCCAGUGCCAACGACCCAGCAGCCCAGACUUCGUCUGUUUGGUGCACCCGAGGAGAGCACAAUGGGAACUGCCACAACAGCAGCGCUGCCCAAAGUCUUUGGCCUAAGCUUCACCAGCAGCACCACCAGAGCGCCAACCACCAAAGGAGGCGUGCAAACAACUGAAUCCAUUGUUGGUGCCACACGUGAUGGCGGCAAGAAAGAGGACGCCGAUGAAGCCGAAGAUGAGGAGGAAGACGACGAGGAGGAGAAUGAUUCGCACGACAACACUGAAGCGCCGAAGUCAGCUGAGGAUGUGGAGACAGAAGCAUCAAAAUCAACGGAUCCCGACUCGGAUCUCAAUGCCGAACAACUGAUCGAGAAGGGAGAGGAAAAACUCAAGUCCGACAAGCGCAAACGUCAAAAUUUCCGCUACGGCAGCAGCAAAACUUCCCACAAGCGCAAAUAUCUUCAGCGAUUGUAGAUCUUAACUAGUAUAAGUUUUUACACUGUGCAAAAAUUACUAAAACUAAACAUUAAUA